AUGCAGCAGCACAGCGGAAGGAUGCACUGGACGUGGACGGUGUGGAUCACGAUAGUGGUGACGGUCAUGUUACCGCUAACGAACGCACAAUAUCGCUCGCCGCGAAUAAUAGAAAAUCCGAGUGACACAAUCGUCCCCAAAAAUGAUCCCGUCACGCUCAACUGCAAGGCGGAAGGAAAACCCCAGCCGGUGAUACAGUGGUACAAGGACGGCGAGGAGGUAAAGCUGGACGCGAACCACGUCCUGCUGCCGGCCGGCUCACUGUUCUUCCUGCGGACGGUGCACAGCAAAAAGGAGCAGGAUGACGGUGUUUACUGGUGCGUGGCCAGCAAUCCGGCCGGCAAAGUGUACAGCCGCAAUGCGACGCUGCAGGUGGCAACUUUAAGAGAUGAUUUUCGCGUCGAGCCGAAAAAUACGCGCGUUGCUGCCGGUGAAACGGCACUACUGGAAUGCAGUCCACCCCGCGGCAAUCCGGAACCGAACGUUAGCUGGAAAAAGAAUGACGGCUUUCUGGAGCUGGACGAUUAUCGACCAUCGAAGGAGCUCGCCCGGAUACGGAUCGUUGACAGUGGAAACCUUCUGAUCAGCGACGUACGGCCGACCGAUGAAGGGCGUUACCAGUGCAUCGCACAGAACAUGGUUGGCUCGCGGGAAAGUGGACUCGCCAAAUUAACCGUCCAGGUGAAACCGUACUUUGUGGCCGAACCGGAUGAUGCGACCGUGCUCGAGGGUCACCGGGUACAGUUCCAGUGUUCGGUCGGUGGCGAUCCGGCACCGCAGAUACUGUGGACGAAGCAGAACGGCGACAUACCGGUCGGGCGGGCCGAAAUAUCCGAGGAGGACCGGAGCCUGAUUAUACGCAACGUAACCGCGGACGACCACGGGCAGUACAUCUGCGAGGCACGGAAUUCUGUCGGUGUGAUAAGUGCCCGGGCGAGCCUAACCGUAAACACACCACCAGUGUUCAUCGUGCGACCGCAAGACCAAAAAGUCACCGUGAACGGUGUGGUGACGUUCAAAUGUUCCGCCGGCGGUAGCCCGUUGCCGUCCGUGUUUUGGACACGCGAAGGCUCCCAGACGCUCAUGUUCCCGAACAACAGCUACGGCAAUAUGCACGUCUCCGGACAGGGUUCGCUACAGAUCCGUGGUGUCCAGCGUGAGGAUGACGGAUACUUCGUCUGCUCUGCGCUCAGCGUGGCGGGAUCGGUAACGAGUCGGGUGUAUUUGCAGGUGACUUCUCCGAUUGACAGUAUUCCACAGCCACUGCUACAGCAGGUACCCUCGAACCAAAGUCUCCCGAGCGGUACGAAGGCAACUCUUCCAUGUCGAAGUUCAUCCCUGGGCGGUUCAUUGCACGAUCCGCCCUCGUCGGUACCCCGUUGGCAACGCGACGGUAUCAAUCUGCUCACCGGGGCCGGAAAACGCUUCAAAAUUCUUUCCGGUGGAUCUCUAAGGAUUGAUGAUCUUCAAACGGAUGACAGUGGUUGGUAUCGAUGUUUUGUGAAGCUGGAUAAUCAUGAAUAUUCCUGGUCGGCAUACCUGAGUGUCGAUAGCAAUCUGCCGCCACAAUCGCAGCAGAUAUACAAUCCCGAACUGCUGCCCUCCGCUCCGGGGCAGCCGAAGGCGGCCAACAUUACCAACACGAACGUUACGCUCAUAUGGGCCCGUGGGCAGGACAAGCUGCGCACGAACGCGAUCGCUAGCUACACGAUCGAGUAUCACAGCACGGACGAUCGGGAGGUGGACGCCGGCUGGAAGAUUGCGUUGCGGCAGAUCGCGGGCAAUACGGCCACGGUGACCGGGCUGUCGCCGGAAACCGGAUACAUCUUCUCGGUGCGUGCCGAAAACGGUAUGGGCUUCUCGGGGCCGUCGCCCGUAUCGACGCUGAUCCGCACGCUAUCGUCGGACGAUCGUGUCACCAUACCGGAGGAGAUGGACACGGCCCGCAUGGUGCUGAGCGGCAAGAUCCUGGAGCUGAUCGAUAUCAUAGCGCUAACGUCAACAUCUGUGCGGCUCGAGUGGCAGCUGCAGAUCGGCGGUUCGGAGGAGUACAUCGAAGGGUUUUACGUGCGCUAUCGCGAUCUGGAUAGUGAUGUGCAGCGGUACAGCAUGCUACCGAUACCGAACAGCGAAACGGAGAGCCACAUCAUUACGAACCUGAACAAGUACACCCGGUACGAGUUCUUCCUGACGCCGUACUUCAAGAAUCUCGAGGGCCAACCGAGCAAUGCGCGGAUCGUACGCACGCUGGAGGACAUGCCGACGGGACCACCGACGAACAUACAGGCCGGUAUGCUGAACCUGACCGCCGGCUGGGUGCGGUGGAGUCCACCGUUGCGCGAACACCAGCACGGUGCGGUGGUGGGCUACAAAAUUCAGGUGAAGUCGGGCAACAACGCCUCGAAGCUGCUGGCCCAGAUGACGCUCAACUCGACGACCACCUCGGUCAUGCUGAACAACCUGACCACCGGCUCGAGCUACACGAUUCGCGUGGCGAUGUUCAAUCGGCUCGGUAUGGGCCCGUUCGCCAAACCGCUGUACCUCGUGAUGGAUCCGUCGUUCGUGAUCGUACCGCAGGGUGUGCACAACAACCACCAUCUCUUCGGCGACUACGACGACCGGCGCCAUCCGCAGCAUCAGCCGCACGCGAACAGUUUCCUGCACGAAACGUGGUUUAUGCUGCUGGUGGUAUUUUCGCUGCUGGGCGUACUGAUCGCAACGAUCACGGGCGGGGUGGUGCUGUUCCGCCGCCGCCAGAGUCUGGGCAAACCGGUUGUCACCGUGCCGACGCUGGGUGCCCGGCGGGGCGACAUCGCGAACCUGAGCAUGUCGCGCAAGGAUGGUGGCAUUUGGAUCGAUCGUGGCUGGCGGACGUGUGAUACGGAUAAAGAUUCCGGGCUCAGCUCGAUCAAGCUGCUCGAGGGUAGUCAAACGCACCAUACGUAUCCAUUGCCGGACGGGGGCACGGAUUACGCGGAGGUUGACCCACGUGGGCUGACGUCAUUUUACAAUCGCAAGUCGCCGGAAAGUCCUACACCGUAUGCUACCACGAUGAUCAUCAAUGGCAUUCCACGGAGCGACAAUGGGGAUCUAGGCUACCAGGGUCACGAUACGUUCUCGUCUACAUCGUCCAGCUUCCGAUCGUUCUACGGUUAUCCUCGACCAAUCAACACGAACAAUGUUCCACCCAACUGGGUUGACUAUCUGCCACCACCGCCAGAACAUCCGCCUCCGAUACCCCAGCCGCUGGACAUCAAUCAUCAUCUCAACCAUGUCUAUCCAUCCGAGCUGGUCGGCACGAUGAACAGCUCGCAAACCUCCAGCUACUGCUCGCGGCGAACCAGCGGGUACAAGUGA